GGCGCAGCACAGGUGAUUCCCGCUGCUGCGGCCGCUUGUUCUCCACCUUUAUAUAGAAGAAUGGGACCCAAGGGAGCAUCACAGGGAUCCGACAAAGCUGGAGCCAGCAUAGGAAGAGGAGAAGGAUGGAGUGGAAGCUGGAGAGGUUGUCUGUCCCUAAAGUCAGGAGAGAGGAGCAGGUGAUGUGGGAAAGUAUUAUGAAAAGUUUUGGAAGAGAUUAUAGGAGGAGCAGGAAAUCGGAUUUACAGAGGAUAAGUAAGACACCAGACUUUGGAAAAACGUCAUACUCCAAAUUCAAAAGGAGCAUCCUAAGGCGACGUACAUGUAAAGUUCCAGUUGCAAGUAGCCCAGUUACCACUAGAUGGCACAGCCAUCAAACGCAAAACCUAGACAACACAUUUUGCCAUGGCUCUACUGAAUUGUCUUUCAGUUCCUCCGAGGACCAUUGUGUGACACCAGAGCAGUUGGCUUUAUUACCAUAUCUGACAGAUGUGUCCAGCACUAGUGACUCCAAACCAUCUACAUCAGACGACGCUCCUCCUCAGUCCCUCACCAAAAAAUCCAUAAGAAAGUGUCUGCAUCAAAGCAAACUGACAAUUGUCCAUCCCCAGGCAUUGCUUGGAUCUAUUGAAGAACAUAAGCGUGGAUUACCAAAACAACAAGACCCCAAUAUUCAAAUAUGUGAUGGACACACGUGUACAAUCAGAGGCUGUCAAAACAAGACGAAAAUAUGUGACCAUUCUUCUGACACAAAUAUCCAGCCAGAGAUAAAACUGCAUGUCACAGGGCUACGAAACGAUUAUUAUCUGAAUCUGCUGGAUUGGAGUUCAGAAAAUCUUGUUGCCAUAGGAUUAAAAUCAGUGACAUAUAUCUGGAAUGGAGAAAGCAAUAUUGUGACACAAUCAUUACAUUUAGAUUCACCGUCCACAUAUGUUUCUUCAGUAUCAUGGAUGAGUGGUGGGACAUGUCUGGCCAUUGGGACCAGCGAUGGGGAAGUUCAGUUGUGGGAUAUAGAGACCCAGAAAAGACUCAGAAACAUGCUGGGACAUAUGUCUGUAGUUGGAGCUCUGAGCUGGAAUCAGCAUAUCCUCAGCAGUGGCUCCAGGCUUGGCCAUAUACACCACCAUGAUGUUCGUGUGGCACAACAUAAAAUGGGAACACUGCGUCACCAGCAAGGCAUUUGCAGUUUAAAGUGGUCACCAUCAGAGAAGUACCUGGCCAGUGGAUCAAGCGAUGGUCACCUAAAUAUCUGGCCAUAUGAUCCAGGAUCAAUCAAGCUAAACACUCCUUUACAGAACAUCCUGCACCCCACUGCUGUAAAGGCAAUGAAUUGGUGUCCUUGGCUCUCGGACACUCUUGCUGUUGGAGGUGGAAUGCGGGAUGGACAGAUACGCAUCUGGGACACAAGUAGUGGGAAAAACACCAAUUCAAUAAAUACAACUUCACAGAUCUGUUCCAUUCUUUGGCUGCCUAAAACAAGAGAGUUGGCCACAAGUCAUGGGACACCGAGAAACCAGGUGACUGUCUGGAAGUAUCCAACUUUACUAAAAAGGACAGAUAAAUAUGAUCACAAAGGAAGAGUUUUAUACCUCGAAUUGAGUCCAGAUCAGAACCGGAUCUUUUCUGCAGCUGCAAAUGAAACAGCAGCUAUAUGGAAAUACCAAGAAUAAAAAAUAAUCAUAAAAUCAGAAUUCCUGUAACAAAAAAGAUUACAGUAUGAUGAAAUAGUAUUGACUCAUCCAUGCCUUUCAUGCUGACUGAAGAAGCAGUUUGUUUGGUGAUAAUGAUACAUUUGGGUGUAACAGAUAUUAUUUUAUGAUAGUUCCUGCUAGUAACAGUGCUGUACUUCUAACUGGCAAGAUUGCCAGUGCUAUUAUGGUCUGCCCAACUGUCUACCCCAAAAGGGGUAUAAACCUGUCUGGAUUGAGUAUCCUUUUGUAUUUUCACAGUUCUGGGACAUAUUUUCUUUUAUCUCCAACUGUCAUCCACAGUAGAGGCUGGUGCUGACAUUUUUUUGGGGGGAAGGGGG